GAAACGUCUCAUACCUCUUUCUCUUAACUGCUGACAUGACCGAGAUGGAUAGUGAAGUGCCUCCUACUCUCUUUAAGAGAAUCGCUUUGUCAGAGACUCAGCUGGACUUCUCUGGUCAGCCGUAUUCCGUGUCUAUCCUCAAACCCGGGUAUUGUAGUCCGGAGGCUGACGGGGCCUGCAGAGCCGACGGGACUAUCACUCUUAUAACAGGACUCAGGACAAUCCUGGUCGACACUGGUGGACCGUGGGACCGGGACUUCCUCCUUAUGGCCUUAAAAGAGAGAGGUCUAGAACCGAGGGACAUUCAUUUGGUCGUGGGGACCCACGGACAUUCAGACCACAUUGGAAAUCUGAGUCUUUUUCCAGCAGCAAAGAUGAUAAUAGGAUAUGAUAUUAGUGAAGGGGAUACAUACAGCCCCAACAAACUGGCAGAGGGAAAGAGUUACACUAUUGACGAGCAUGUGUCUAUAAUUCCUACUCCAGGCCACACAGGACAAGAUAUCAGUGUCCAGGUGACGGGAACUUCAGCUGGGACUGUACUUGUUGCAGGAGAUCUCUUUGAGUGCUGCUCAGAUGAGAACAGCUGGCGGGAGCUGAGUAUGAACACUGCAGUACAGGAAGUCAGUCGUCGGGAGGCCUUAUGUGUUGCUGAUGUGAUCAUACCAGGACAUGGACUCCCAUUUAGAGUUCUCAGGGACAAAUGACUCAGCCAUUGGGUUGUAAAUUGAAGUGACUUCGCUGACUGUGAUGUUGUACUGGGAGCAAGAGUGACAUUAUACACUUGGUGACCUCACAGAAUAAGAGCUCCUGGCUGAACGCACAUCUAAACCCCUGUAACAACAGAUGAGUGUAGUUCUUUGUGAUUGUGUGCGACUCGGCCUUAAUUUGUGUUACCCUUCAAAACAGAGUAAAUUCAGAUUCACUUGAAGUUACUGUUAAAAUAAUACAUAAUAAAACAUAAAACAGUUUUAAAAACAUAGUUGCAAAGUGGUUAAUAGAAUUAAAUAAACAUCACUAUAAAAAACAAAUAAGUACAACUACAAAUAAAAAGAUACUACAAAUAAAAGGAUACAUAAAGACUUAAUAUACAAAAAGCCUUAAUAAACAGGUUAAAAAAAGUCAAAGAAAUGAUAAAGGCGAGAUUCCAGAUUUACAAGAAAAAAGAUAUUAUGUAAAAAUAAAUUUUGAGGAGUUAUUUAAAAGUAGUUUGCUAAUCCUAGUUCCUCUAGUAAAGAAUUCCAGUCCUCUAGCACAAAGACAAAACUGAAGGCAGAGAGCCGGCCAACCUCUGAAAAUGGGAAACUGUGUAUAAAAUUGUCUGUACUUCCUAAACACUUAAUACAGUGCCUUUGUAAAACUGCGUCUGAACUCCUCUCACAUCUUGAUUGUUUGAUUUAAAGUGUGUGUGGAGGUUAUGCAGGAGGCAUCCUACUCAGAUUCCCCAACCACCCAACUGGCUCCUUUCAGUGUGGAAUAGUGGCUCUACUCUGAGCCCCUCUCGAUUGCACUCCUCAUCUUAUUUCUAAGGGAGAGGCCGGCCACCCUUCAGAGAAAGCCCAUUUCCAUUGCUAGUUCUUUUGAUCACUACCCAAAGCUUGUGACCACAGGUGAGGGCAGGAAUGUAAACUGACCAGUAAAUGGACAGCUUGGCUUUAUGCUCAGACAUUUUGGUGCAGCGUCCACACAUCACUGCAGCCGCAGCACCAAUCCGUCUGUCAAUCUCCCGCUCCCCUCUUCCUUCACUCAUGAACAAGACCCUGAGAUACUUAAACUCCUCCACUUGGGGCGGCAACCCCUCCCUGACACAGCGUGGGUGCGGCACCCUUUUCCAGCUGAGAGCUGUGGCCUCAGACUUGGCCGAGGGCUCAUUAUCACCAUCAAGUUUGUCUUCAUCAUUUCCACAUUAUCUUCAUCAUCAAAGCUAUCAUAAUCUGUGAGUGGAGUGACAAGAGGGAAUAUUGGUUUCCCAAUUUUAUUAA